CCGGGCUACCGAGAGAAAUCGCCGUGCCAGGUCGCCCUGCCCUCCUCCUUAAGUGUUGUCUGGGGUUUUCACAUUCGUUCCCAGUCACAUUCGUGCGUCCCUUGCAACCCCGGGACUUCUCUGCCCCAUGUCAACAGUCGCCCUGGUGUUUGGUGCAGGCCUGGGGCCUCGUGCAUUCCUUUCCUGUUUUACCAGCGCCCGGGCGCCUUGGUCCCUGCGAGCACCGGGCUGGUAGGAGUAGAGGGUUUAUGUCGGAACUUCUCUUGGAGCCCAGAGUGCUGUCUUAUAUGCUUCAGGUGUUAAGUAAUGGUGCCGGUGGUCGUAAAAGAGUCCACGACUUUAUAAACUGCUUUGAGCUGCUUCUACCCUCCCUAUCCUCCACCCGGGUCGACGAAAUGGUGUACUUUCUCUUUAAGAUUAAAAUGGUGGCUUGCUAUGGAUGAGGACUCCACUUCCGGUGGGGAGGGGGCGGGACCCCAGCCCGCUCACGCCGGAAGUGGUUCGGGUUCUCAAGAUGGCGACUCCCUAUGUAACUGACGAGACCGGCGCUACACCUCAGGAUCACUCCUUCCUGGACCUCAUCUGUGACACUACUUUCCUUGCAGGCAAGUACAUUGCCUCAACACAGAGACCCGACGGGACUUGGCGCAAGCAGCGGAGGGUCAAAGAAGGAUACGUGCCCCAAGAGGAGGUCCCAGUCUACGAAAAUAAGUACGUGAAGUUUUUCAAGAGUAAACCAGAACUUCCUCCAGGCCUGAGCCCCGAGGCCACGACACCCGUCACCCCAUCCAGACCUGAAGGUGGCGAAGUAGGCCUCUCCAAAACAGCCAAACGCAACCUGAAGCGAAAGGAGAAAAGGAGGCAACAGCAGAAGGAGGGAGAGGCCUUGAACCGGACUCUUGAAAAGGUAUCUCUGGGAGACACAGCCCAAACGCCCAGUGCACUCCAAGGCUCCCAGGGCGCCCCUCCAGCUGCCCCCGAUGCCUCCAACUCUGCGGCUACCACAGAGAAAGCCAAGAAGAUGAAGAACCUGCGGAAGAAGCUGCGGCAGGUGGAGGAGUUGCAGCAGCGCAUCCAGGCCGGCCAGGUCAGCCAGCCCAGCAGAGAGCAGCUGGAGAAGCUGGCCCGGAGGAGGGCUUUGGAGGAGGAGCUGGAGGACUUGGAGCUGGGCCUGUGAGGCUUCGAGAGUAGGGAGUGACUGCGGAAUAAACCAUGGGGUGCUCUGGGGUCCAGGGAGUGUGGGCCGCAGCAGUCAGGAGGGGCACCCCCAUACUGGCUCACUUCCACCUGUGGCCAACUCCGUCCUCCAGAGCCAGGCUCUCCUUCGUUCCUUCGCCUUCUCAGCUCCAAAUUUUGGACUUUUCCCCCCACCCGUUCCCAGUGUUCAAAUUCUCAGUGAUGACCCUAGGUACUUCUGCUGCUGAUCUGGGUGUCUUGUUGAAAAGAAAACCGGGGGUGGGGGGGUGGGAGUUUGUUAGAGAUCUGAGACUGAGGUAUAGGAGUACCCCAAGUCUUAGAGUCUUCGUUCCUGUUCACAGUGUUUAUGAGUUAUUCCCCUGGCCACCCCGAAACCACCUCCUCUUUUUUUUUAAGAAAGUAAGAAUAAAUUCAAGUAGACAGCAUAUGGUCAGGUAUGGCUCUGUUCUCAACUCUUGUUUGUCAGUUUGCUGAAAGAAGACACUUAAGAAGUUUAAAUUUGGUUCUGUUUUCAUUUUUUCAAGAGGUUUCUUCUGCAACAGUGCAGACUGUCCAUCCUGGCACUCCCUCUGUAGACCAGGCUGGCCUUGAACUCAGAUAUCCUCCGGCCUUUGCCUCCCAAGUACUAGGAUUAAAGGCGUGUGCCACCACUGCCCAGCUUUAGGCUUAACUUUUUUAAUGGUGCUAGGGAUUGAAUCCAGGGCCUUGCACAUGGUAGCUCUACCAUUAGUUCUACAUCCCUCCUUGGCCCUUAAUUUUUUUUAAAAUUAUGAGUGCAGCCGACCAUGGUAGUGAGCAUCUGUAAUAGUCUCCGGAGGCAGAGACAGGGUUGCUAGCAUUUCGAGACCAGCCUGCGCUGCAGGGUAAGACUAUCUCAACAAAGAGUAAUGUAUGACAAAAUUAGACCUCAGUAAAUGGAAGUUAGUGCUGUUAUCUGUGAAAUUUAGAACAAAACUUGACAUGAAUGUAUGUGUUGUGCCAUGUAGCAAGGAGUCUGUUGUACCUUCCUCGCUGCGUCUGAAGAUAAUUUUGAUUUACUUCGAAUGCCCAGAGUAGCUCUUGAAAUUUUACCUUGGAUGCUGCCUACGAUGACACUGGGGGCAAAGUCAUGCUGUGUGUAGACACGUCCAGGAGAUCUGCCCUUCCGUGUGUGUUUCACCCGUGCUGCACCUUUGGUUGUAGACUAGCGGGGAGGAAAGGGAGCGGCCUCAACCAUGCCUAGCUCUCAGGAAUUCAGGAGCCCCACAGAAACCAGCCCUAUUAAAUCCUCUCCAAUCUUUUCUUGGCUUCUAGAUCUUUGGGAAUCCCUCCCUUGCCUUUCCCCUCACCCUAAAUAUUAAGCCACCCAUCUCUUGGGUUUUCAUGUGUGUGUCUGUGUGUCCACAAAUGUGGAGGAGCCAUGCACCCUGUUUUUUUGAGUCUAGGGCCCACUGACUACUCGGCUGGCUGGCUAGUAAGCCCCAGGGACCCAUCUGUUCCUACCUCCUUAGACCAGCCCCCGGGGGUGACCUCAGCCUCAUGCUCACUCUUCCCUACCUGUAGGUGUAGCUCUCAGUGCUCUCGCUAUUGUGCUUGUUUAGUUUCCAGCCACCCCUCAGACCCGCUGCUAAACUAGUUAGCUAGUUUGAGACAGAAUCUCUGUGCAACCUAUGCCAACUUGGAACUGGAAUUCGCUGUGCAGAUGAGGCUAUGGUCCUCCUGCAGCUCCUUCCUCAGUGCUGGGAUUACAGGUGCAGGCUACAGAACCUAGCAGUUAAAUUCUCAAAUAUCCAAUGAAAUAAGGCUCUGAACCAUGCAUAGAAAAGAACACAGGUGAUAAUAAAUACUUGACUGGGACCAAAAAGAGACCAAAAGCCCGGGUUCCCUUUCGUAGGAACCCAGGAAUUAGUUUAUACAUAGUUUCUGAUAUUGUACAUGUAUGAUAAACAUACACAUCAUGCAUGGUUAAGUUCCUGAAGGGUAGGGCUGGGGUGAAGUUAGACGGCCGAGUGCUUACGUGGUAUAGAUGAAGCCCUGGACGUAAUUCCCAGAACAACAUAAGACAGGAUGGCACAAGCCUGCAGCCUUGGCAUGCCGGCAGCAGUGGCAGCAGGACCAGAAGUUAAAGACAUUCCCGGUGACGCCUGAGUCCUCACUGCUAGUGCUAGAGAAAUUUAAGAGAGUAAAGGUUGUCUCUAAGGAGACACACCUACUUUGCUGGAUUCCGAGGGUAGUGAUCUGCUUGACCCCGUGUGGGUAGUUUUACAUCACCUUGAUACAAACUAACUUCAUCGGAGGGGGCAGAAUCUCAAGAAAACAGCCUCCAUAAAAUUGGGCUGUUGGCAGGCCUUUGGGCAUUUUCUUAAUGGGUGGUACUUUCCCUGGGCUGGUCCUGGUUUCUUUAAGAAAGGUUGAGAGCCAGGCGGUGGUGGCCCACGCCUUUAAUCCCAGCACUUGAGAGGCAGAGGCCGGCGGAUCUCUGUGAGUUCGAGACCAGCCUGGUCUACAAGAGCUAGUUCCAGGACAGGCUCCAAAACCACAGAGAAACCCUGUCUCGAAGAAAAAAAAAGAAAAGAAAAGAAAAGAAAGGUUGAGAGCCAGGUGAGGGUGGCGCACUGCUUUAAUCUCAGCACUUGUGAGGCAGAGGCAGACAGAUCUCCGAGUUCGAGGCCACCCUAUCUACAGAGUGAAUUCCAGGAUGGGCAGGGCUACAGAGAGAAACCUUGUCUUGAAAAAACAAAAUAAAAUAAAGCAGGCUAAGCAAGCCACAAGGAGCAAGCCAGUAAGCAGCUCCCCUCCGUGGCCUCUGCAUCAGCUCUUGCCUCCAGGUUCCUGCCCUGUUUGAGUUCCUGUCCUGGUGGAAGUGUGAGCCAAACAAGCAAACCCUGUCCUCCCCAUGCUUUGAUCAUGGUGUUUCAUCACAGUAAUAGAAACUCUAGGACACACCCUUUUUAAAAUGACUUAUUAUUUAUUAUGUAUGUAGCAUUCAGUCUGCAUGUAUGCCUGUAGGCCAGAAGAGGGCACCAGAUCUCAUUAUAAAUAGUCGUGAGCCAACGUGGUUUCCGGGAAUUGAACUCAGGACCUCUGGAAGAGCAGCCAGAGCUCUUAACCCCGAGCCUUCUCUUCAACUGCCUACUAUAAGAUUUAAAAAUUAAAAAAUAAAAGAUAUCCUCAGCUAC